AUGUCUACCAAUCGGGAUUUCACCAGUCCUGACAAAAGCUUCGACUACAACGAAGAACUCCCAGCUGAUAAAGCCCAGACAUGGACUCUACUUGAAACAUACAGCAAGAUCUCUUCAAGUCAAAUCGAGACCCAUCUCAAAGAUAUACGUCAAAAAGCCUGGAAUGUCUUUCCAUACGGCUGCAUCGGCCGCUGGCUAUUACUCGACUGCGUGAUUACAUCACUACCAGAGUAUCCCACCAUCAUCGAGCGCGUCAAGUCAGGCGACAUCCUUCUCGACGCGGGGUGCGCAUUCGGCUAUGUGCUUCGACAAAUGGUUACCGACGGCGCCCCAGCAACCAACUUGAUUGGAGUGGACCUCCGACAGGAAUUUCUUGAUCUGGGGUACGAAUUGUUCCAAGACAAGGGGUUCGAAGCGCGUUUCAUCGCAGGUGACUUGGUGAAUGCCGAUCCGUCCCUUGCUGGGAUCGCUGGUACGGUUGAUAUCAUUCAUGCUGCGGCCUUGUUCCACUUGUUUGGAUGGGACGAUCAGGUUGAGAUCGGAGUGCGUUUCGUUGAGCUUCUCAAGCCGCAGGCGAAUGCCUUGAUCGUUGGGAGGCAAAUUGCAGAUCUUGAGCCGUUAGAUCCCGUUGAGCAUCUGAGGCAGGGGCGGGGGUGGUAUCGUCAUAACUUGAGAACUUGGCAGAUGUUAUGGGAUGUCGUUGGAGACAAGACAGGGACGCGAUGGAAGGUUACCGGGGUGGUGUCGGAAAGGAGGGGGUUGAACGAUGUCCCUGGACCAAAGGCAGGGAUAUCCUUUGCGGUCUACAAAGUCUAA